GGCCCCUAUUAUGAGCAACAUUCGAUCUUCGACUGUAGUCGAAAGUGCUGAUCGAACGAAUUUUCAUUUGGUAUUAUGGUGCUCAUUCGUUGAAGAAUAGGACUAUUGUGAAUUUCGAUCGCUCGACGCAUUUACAAUAGAUAAUUUUUUCUCAGCUGAUACAGCAAAUCAAAAUAAAAGAAAAACCGAUUGUGUUGAAAUUCUUUGCUAACAUUAUUUUUAAAAGUUAAAAAAAGUAAUUUAUGUGAAAAUGAGUACAACGGAGUUGUGGUUCGACGAUUCAUCGGACGAUGAAAGAUUAGUGGAACUAGCUAGAAGUAGAAAACAGUUGAGGGACGCAUCCAACCCCCUAGAAAUGGCUUCCACUGAAUUUUUAAAGAACUUUAGAUUAUCUAAAGAGGCGUUUGUGAACCUACUGUCCACUACAGAAAACCAGUUGCAGCAGUGCACCCGAGCCAAAUCGAUUCCUAAUAUUUUAAAGCUAGCCACAGUUCUGCGAUUUUGUGCUCAGGGAUCGUACCAAUUGAGUAUUGGUAACGAAGGUAUGAUAGGACUUGCUCAACCCACUGUGUCUGUUGUGCUAUCAGAAAUAAUAGAUGUCCUGGAAAAUUAAUUUGCCAAAGAUGGGUAAAAUUUAGUAGCACAGAGGCUGAUCUGCAACAAAGAAAAGCACAUUUUUAUAGCAAAUACCGGAUUCCAGGAAUAAUUGGCUGUGUUGAUGGCACGCAUGUUAAAAUUGUCGCUCCCAGGAAAGAAGUUCAGCAUUUGUAUUACAACAGGAAGGGAUUCUACAGCAUUAAUGCUAUGAUUGUUUGUGAUCAUACAAUGAAAAUAACCUAUAUAAAUGCGAAAAAUCUAGGAGCUACUCAUGACUCCAUGGCUUUCAACAUGUCGCCAUUGAAAUUGCAUUUAGAGGAGCAACAUCUCAAUGGCCGUCGCAAUACCUGGCUCCCCGGUGAUGCUGGAUACGCUCUAAAACCUUAUUUAAUGACGCCGUUCAGAAACUCUGAGGAAGGGUCUCCACAAAGGACCUACAACAAACAACAUGCCAAAGCGAGAAGUAUAAUUGAGAGAACAAUUGGAGUCCUGAAAAAUCGAUUUAGAUGUUUGUUGCAGGCAAGAGCUCUUCACUAUUCUCCAAAAAAAGCAACACAAAUUAUUAAAGUGUGUGCAGCUUUGCACAACAUUUGCUUGUUUUAUAAUGUUCAACUUCCGGAUGAAGAGUUAUCCGACGAGACCCUCAACGAUGAUGCUGAAGAUAUUGAAGUGGAGAUAAAUAACGGAGAAGCAGAACACAUAAGAAAUGAAAUUCUUAGAAUAUUAUAAAAAAAUCUAAAAAGUAUUAAAUAGAAACCUUUAUGCCACAGUUACUGUUUUAUUUUUGUUAUAAAUUUUCUUUAUUCAGUUAUUCGUCAUUCGAAAAAAAUAUGUAUUUCAGUUCCUCUACGUAUUUCAAUUUGCUAUUUAGUUCAAAAUCAAUCUCAUUUCUUUAAUAAAAAACAUUAAUUCAUUUGUGCUGCAAAUCCCUUUUGCAAAUUGUGGAUUCUCUUCCAUUAAUGCAACUAGCCUUUCUAAUUGCUGUUUGGUACUCACGACUUUCGACCUGCAUAAAAUUAACAAAAUUAGUAUAUAUUUAUUAUUUGGUUACUAUAAAACAAUAAAUAAUCGCAAACAACUUACAUUUUAACAAGUUUUCCCACAGUACGCUCCACAAUCGAAAGCAAAAUGGCAUUCGACUCUAAAUUCGGUAUUCAACGAAAAUUUCGACAGGGUUGCACCGCUCAUAAUACCAAAUUGACAUUCGAUUUUCGAUCUUCGACAACCAACGAAUACCGAAGAUCGAAUGCAACUCAUAAUAGGGGCCUUAGUCUUCCACGACGCUUAGUGGUACUAUAACUAUUCCUAAUCGCUUAUGCAAAAUAUUCUUUUCCUCGCAUUAUUUGGUCCAAAUCUUUCCAUAUGAUUUGUAUCAAAUUAUAAAUGCGAGUUUUCCAAAAAUCUUAACUUUAGCGCUAGCUAACGGAUUCAUUCCUAUUUUGCUAUCGACAUCUGAUUUAUGCUGAAG